AGCUAGAUCAGUGGUCGACACGGCCCUAUCUUCUGGGCAUAGGAGAGCGUUCUACUGCAGCGCUGCCGCUACAGCUUGUAUUCGCCCAGUGAAAAUGCCCGUCGCAGAAGCUACCAAAGGCAAGGGCAGGAAGGCAGCAGCCGUUUCUACAGCCGCUGCCGCUGCCGCAAGGAAGAAAUCGAGCGAGGAGGAGGCCACCGCUAAGCCAAUGGAUCACGACGAUGACAGCAAGAGCGACAAUGAGCAGAAAAAGGAUGCCGGGGCUGGUGAUGUCGAUGUGAAUGCAGGCGAAGACGACACAAAAGAGGGGGACGCCACAGCCGAGCCUGAAGCAGAUCUGGAGCAUGACGAGGACGAUGAGCAGGACAGCAACGAGAACAGCGAACCGGAAGAGCAAGUGGAUCCGCCGGCCUUCAGCCUGGCCACGCUAGGACUGCAGCGCGUGGGCAGCGCCCCACCACCCAAGCCCAAGGUGACGAAGGCUCCCAUCCUAACGCUGAAUGCCCGUGGAAUGCCCGCCCGAAUUCGCAAGAGAAACAAGCUCUUUUACGACGAGAAUAUUAUCAACGACGACAAACCGUUACGCAUGAGCCUUGCCCCAAAGAAGGUGUCCGGUCGCCCGCCCCUGGGCGCCGGUAGACCUGGCAGCGGCUGCUCAGGGAAAGUGGCCCACACCGCCCCCGCCAAGGUGCUCAAGAAGCGCAAGGGCGUCGUCUCGCGCUACAUGCGCUCCAGCGACAAUGGAUCCAGCUCCACCUCAGCCGGCAGCCAACAUCAGAUGACGGCAGCUGGCAACAAGAACAAGAAGACGCCAGCCAAGGGUCAGGCUGCCAGGCAGACACAGUCCGCCGGCAAAUCGAACCUAUCUGGCCACAAGUCGGGCAAGGGCAGCGGUGCAUCAUCCGGAGGAACCAAGGGUUCGGCAGCCGCAGCUGCUGCCGCGGCCACUGCUGAGGAGGAGGCUAGCCAGGCUCAGGCCCUGUUGGCGGCCAACAAACGGGUGGGCCAGGCGAUCGGGCUCCGCCUGCGCAACCUGCUGAAGCUGCCUAAGGCCCACAAGUGGGCCAUCGCCGAGUGGUUCUACUCGUACAUAGACAGGCCGCUUUUCGACAGCCGUGACGAAUUCCUGAACCACGUGAACGAGCUGGACCCGCGCCUGGGAACGCGUCAGCUCAACCGACACGAGUGGUCGACCAUCAGACGCCAGAUGGGAAAGCCUAGGCGCUGCUCAGCCAACUUCUUCAACGAGGAGCGCAAAGAGCUGGACAGGAAACGAAAGCUUAUGCGCACUCUCCAGUCACGCAAGCCGGGCGAGCUGAAGGACUCCGUUCUCCUGUCGGAUAUGCCCGAUAAGAUCCCCAUGCCACUGCCGCUGGGCACCAAGGUGACGGCUCGGCUGCGCACCCCCCAAGACGGCAUCUUCUCCGGCACUGUCGCCGCCUACGACUCGCUCAACGCCACGUACCGGGUAACGUUCGAGCGGCCCGGCCUGGGGACCCACGCCAUACCGGACUUUGAGAUAGUGUCGGAAAACUUUCACGAGAUGCUGCCACUGCACAGCUUCACCAAGGACUUCCGUCCUAACCUGAUGAGCAUCUACCAGACCAACAGCCUGGGCUUUACCACCAACCUGGGCUACACGGCCAGCCUCUCCAGUAGCUAUCUCCAGAAGCGUCCCUCCGCCAAUGGGAGAAAGGCAGGCACAGGACUUUUCGGCCCUCAGAAGCACCUGGCAAGCAAUAAUGCGGCGGCAAGGAACGCUCUUAGCAUGAAACUAAACAAGAGUGAUCCCCUGCUGGGUCAGGACGCCAUCGGGGAGAGCCCGAUACGGCCGCAGCUGAUACGAGCUCACAGGUACUCUAACAAGCUGCUGGAGCACCUUGUCCACUUGGAGAAGCAUAUCGCGGUAAAGGCCGAGCGCAUCAAUCGCCUAAACAAAAUGAACUCCACCGCGGAGCUGGCCAUCGACGACAUGAUGGGCCAUGACGAGGCCGGAGAACGCCACCGCCGUCAGAUCGCCGACAACUUCCAGCGCCAGUACGCCUACAACAUCGUCUCCAUUGAGCGCAUCAAUACCGACCUCAUGUAUGAGCUCACCAAAGUACAGGAGCUCUCCUCUACGCUGACGCGAAAUCCGAAUGUUCAGGCCAUGAUCUCGCCCACGUACCUGCGCGAGGAGUGUCGGGCCAAGGCGAACCGGACGGUAGACGGCAUGAACAAUGGUCUUGUGAAGAACGAGCGCAUGGUGACGCUGCUAAAGAACCUAACCACGCUGCUGAUAGUCACGCAGAACCUCGGCGGAGACUGCCCGGUUGGCAAGGUCAGGCAGGUGCUCGAGGGCUGCAUGGAGGAGGUGCGCACCAACCUUGUGAGCGCCGAUAACAUGGAUGUGUUCCACAAGAGUGUCCAAUUGCGGCUGGAGUUCAUUGCCCAGGACAUCACUCGGAAUCUCGAGAAGCGCAGGCUCAGCCGGGCGGCUGCCGAAGAUGUCAAGUCGCCAAAGACACCCAAAGAGGAGGGGACCGAUGAGGAAAAUGAUGCUGAUGCCGACGACACCUCAAAGUGCAAAGAGAAGGAGGAUAAGAAAAAGAAGGCAGUCGAUGCAGACGAUUCUGGCAAGGUACUAGCACAUAGUAAAGCUGAUGACACCACAGAAGCUGAAAAAGAGACAAAGCAGCGGCUGCAGGAAGACAAGCGUGAGCGGAUGGACGUGGACAGUGCAGGGCAGCAGGCAGAAGGCGAAGAUGACGAGAAAAUUGACUCCGAGGCCGAAACAGACAAUGCAGAGCAGCAGCGAGAGGAUGCACAGUCCCCGAAUCCCGCUGUCACCGACGACUCCCAGAUAACCAUCGAGUCGGUGAAGGAGUCCGAGGAUGAGGAGGAGGAGGCGGAUAUGGUCGGCGUUGAGCGGCUGAACCUAGAGGAAGGGAACUCCGACUUCCAGGAUGAAUUCAUUUACGAGACGAAGUAGAGACGUAAUCCAAAACAAAUGCGAUUAAUUUGUCGCGCUUUUUUAGUUUCCUUUUUUUCGAUGGACCAUUUCAUGGUCUGGAUCUAGGUUAAUCAAAUGUAAGAGGGGACUAUCAGCAAGAUAUCUCCGAGGAAAAUAUCGAGAAGGCGUUGCAAUAAAAGGUGUAACAAAAUA